AAUAACAGAUAUUUGUUGGGCUGUGGAAGUGCUGAAAUCUCCAGAGCUGCUGUAAAAAUGUUAGAAAUCCAUACUUCAUAUUUACCUUGAUUGGUUGGGUAUCCGUAGGAGCACUGUUCCCUUCACCUCCUGCUUAUAACAAGCCCCCUAUGUAAACCAGCUACUGGUGUGAUCUGGUAAGUGAAAUACUUCAUGCCUGUCGCAGCUGAGUUCAAAUAGGGCUUUUCCAAAAUGUUUCCAUUCUGGCCGUUGCAGGCGGCUGUCUCGGCUGUAUGUAGAGUAUUGAUGUCAUACAUUUUUGAAAUCAACGUCAACGACAGCCUAUUCUGUAAGACGUCCGAAGCCAACACUAAAACAAAUAUCAUAUGUCUCCUCCUCUAAACCCGCUGUCUCCAACAACUACCCCCCUCCACCGUAUCCAAUUUUGCAUCGUGCUCCUUAUUCACCAGACAGAUAUGGGUCGCAAUAUAUUCCGCAAGGUCCUCCAGCUGACCAGAAGCGAUGAUCUUCAUGAAAACAGGAGUCGCCAUUCUGUUGAAGCCGCAGCUCAUAACGCAAAUAAUAGCCGCCUCUAUAAUCUCCCCCCAGAGCUUCUGGCCACCAUCAACGAUUACCUGCCUCUGGCAUCAGGUCUCACACUCAGGUUUACCUGCUCAAAAUUCUAUCAGUCCAGUGUCUUCAAUCACACGCAACGAUGCGCGGACCAAACGGACCGCUUUGAAGCGCUAUGUCACCUGGAAUAUGAUGGAGUUGUCAAAGGAUAUUGUUGUAGAGGAUGCCUGAGAAGGCAUCGCUAUUAUACAGCAUUUUCCAACGAAGAAUUGGCAAAGAAAGCCCACGCACGCUAUUGUUUAGCAACCAUGAAAUGUUUCCGAAUCGGCCUUUUCCGAGAGCUAAGUUUUGCUGAGCUUCAGAAGGCAUAUCGUGAGCAGGUAAAAGUCCGCGGAAGAAUUACCGAAGUUCAUGACUGCAAUGAUCAGGGCAUCUUGGUUGCUCCGGAAGGUUGCAUAUAUUUUUAUCAUCGUCGCCGGUGCAUUUUUACUGGCUUUCACAUCGGCAGCAGCUCCCAACUAUCUUCGAGCAGCCGUUGCCAUUUUGCCGAAUUUUGCAGGAGCCUUAAUAUUCCAUUCUGCCCACAUAUGACCAUGGGGGAUGACGAUGUUAUAGAUCUUUUUUUUAGAGGCGAUUUCUGCUGGCACAAAUGCAAGAGGUGCAAAACAAAGGUAUGCUUUAAUAGUAGAAAUCCGAGAGCUUUUUUAUUUGUGAGUCGAUACUUUGGAAAGCUGUCCUCUCCAAAAGAUCGAAAGUGGCUUGCACAUACAUUCGCCUUGAAAGACUCGCUCUUAGAAACUCACUGCGAAGCUGUUCGCGAUUGGCAGAGCAAGAAUCCACUCAACUCCCGAAAGCCUCUGCAGCAGCUACAGCUCCUGCAACACGAAAACUUGCGGACACCAGACUUCGGUAACCUGUUUACGAGCGUUACUCUUCCCCGGAGCCGCUGGAGGCAAUGGUUUCAUGGUUUCAUAAGGGGCGGCGGGUUAGGCACGCGUUCAACUGCGAUUCGAAGUCAUUGAGGAACCAAAUCAGAAACCAGCCUACCCGACCUAAUAUUAUUAGUAUUUCUCCAGGCGUGUAUACAUAGUGUCAGCAGGAAAAUGUCCGUUACUACGAAGUACUGCAUACUAGUCUGUAGUAUAGCUCCUACUUAAAAAUAUACACCAAUCUUGCCUUUGCUUUCAAUCAUCUAUUUACACAACGUAAUACAUGUCCGCAGAUUGCAUUCGAGUUCAUCUUGGCUUCUCCAAUCCGUCAUAAGCUGG